CGAAGCACAAACAUCCGCAACUAACGCCAUAUAAAAAGCGCGGAACCCAGAAACCCAAUGUAUAUAUUUGUAAUUUAAAUUUCAUAGAACUGCUCGCUUCCUUGACUUCUAACCCGUUUUCGCUUCACGGUUUUAGUUGUUUUGUUUCUAGAAGUUAUAUUCGUAAUCUCCAGAAUGAACGCCCGCGUUGUUGUUGCCCUUUACUAGUGUUGGCCGUUUCCUGCGUUGUUUCCGUGCCGGUGGCGCCAGAUGUGAAGCCGCAGUUCGAUGCUAACGGUCGAUUUGACUGGGCCUGUACGUUUGCUUGUGGAGCGUGGUGGGCUUGUUUCGGUGGAAACUUGGGAAAUGCCGGUAACUGCGGACCGCAGCCGGCUGGAUGCCAAUGCAACGGAUUUGGCUAAUGUUUUCACGGCUUUUCCCAACUGAAACUAAUAAAUUUUGUAAGAACCUUCAGUAUUUUCGAUGAAAUUCAUCGCUGGAAUUUUGAUUGUAUAGCGCAGCAGCGUUGUAGCUGUUGUCGUGCACUGCGCCGACUAUGAGGUGUUUGACAAACCGACGUGUAAAUAUCGUCAGUACGGCAGUGUUUGGUUAAACAACAAACGCAAUAAAAAAUGCUUAAUGCUUGUAGUUAGAUUUGCAUUGAAUACCGUUGCGGCAUGUAUCAUCAUGCUUUUGUAAUGGCAUAAUCAGAUGUAAACGGAUCUGGAAAAUGUCACCAUCAGCAUAUACUCACCAUUUAUUGUAUUCCAUCGUUAGCGUUGUCAUCCGGCGAGCAACACCACGCCGGAUGCAAUGUACCGCAUCUUCGACUGUCAAAAAAUCCAUCAGAUUUUGUGCCACAAAAAAGACGCUGUUGUUGCCGCAAAAAUUGUAUAAGAAUGCUUAUAAAAUUAGUCAGUUUAUUCAUUUUUUUGGAUUAUUGGAUUUUACGGAUUACUGCUUUCACUUUGGCAAAUUUUGAUACGGGAGUGCAGAUUCAACUGCUACAUAAUACAUCGCAUAUCGAGCUGAUUGUAUCGUAUAACACGACACCACCUGACUGGUUUGCUUUGGGAAUCAGUCAUCCACAUGAAGAUCUUCCCAUUGAUUUUGUUGCCUGCUCAACUUCAGUUACCAACGUUUCAGCAAAGGAUUAUUGGAUUGGAUCAGACGGUAUCGUUCGGUUAGAUAAACAUCAAGACUGGAAUGCCACAGUCAGCAACACCAGCCUUUUCACCGUCCGGCUGACGAGAGAACUGGAAACAUGCGACAGUCAAGAUUUAUCCAUAACGGGCGACACUGCGUAUUUGCACUACAUGUCCAACGCUACGACGCUCAGUAUCGUUGACGGCAAUACCUUUAGCUGGGCAUCGGCAAAACGCAUAGCCGUAAAUCUCUUGGCAGAACCGUACAAUGAAAAUUUAACGGACAGCGUCCGCAUUGAUCCAAAUAGCGGAGGCCUGGAUUUAACUGCCGAUCAGGUAGCCAUUCCGGCAAAUAUCGGCCAAAAAUCACACUGUGCCCUAAUUAAACUUCCAUCCCUGGCGGUGAAAUAUCAUGCCACGGCUAUUGUCCCGAUUUUGACACAAGGAAAUGAGAAUAUUCUUCAGCGAUCCGUUGCUUAUAUCUGCAGUCCACUUGUCAACGAUACGUUUCCCACAAAGGAUUUUGAUUGCUCAGUGGCGGAAAAUGAAAAGUAUCGAGUGAUGCUUCGCGACCAGUGUACGAUGGUUCUGGCGGUCGCAGGGCGUGGCAGGGAUAUCUUUUAUCUUCCGGAAGAAGCGGGAAUUCCCAUCAAUCCAGAGAUGAAUAACCGCUAUAUUCUUCUGCAGAACGAUUAUCAAAACGAUCUACCCAUCGAUUAUUUGGAUAGCUCAGGAAUAUCGCUCGUGAUUUCAUCAGAUAUCCGACAAUUCGAUGCCGGUUUUCUCACCUUGCAAUACACCGACCGCCCAGAUAUGGAUUCGUUUACCGCUCCGGCAAAUGUAACGGAUCUCGUGGCAGUGACCCGAUGUCCUGCAUCUUGUACUCAAUCCGGACUGGCGCGACGUUCAAUCCACAUUGCCGACGUCGUCCUCGAUGCGGAAGUAUCAGGUAGGCGGAUGCUGCUGCGGCAUAUCCGCAACGGAACCGAACUGAACCCAGUCGCCAAAGACAAUCACUACGACUACACGUAUCAAGAAGGACGGCGACCGCCCCGUACAACAAUUCUCCAUCGGGGCGACGAGUUGUUUCUCGAGUGUGAAUAUGCUAAACAGCUUUCGGAUACCAGUGAAAGAUGUCGAGCGUUCCUUAUGAUAUUCCCAAUUCUGCCGACAUGGGCGUACGUCAAUGAUGUCGGACUGACCACGUGCAACACCUCGCCGAGUGUGACCAAAGAAAACGGCACGCAGAUUGUUUCGCGCUGUAUACGACAAUCAGUAACAUCGGGACCGUUGAUCACUAACGUUUGGAAUUCUCCCAACGAUCUCCCUGCUGACCAUACACCACUGAUCAGUUCAUGCCGAAAUAACUCCUCCUCUAACUAUACCACUACGCCACGAAAUAAGACGAAUGAGAAUCUUGUGGAAAUGAAAACAAAGGUCACCACUUCCACAGCGCGUUCGACAGCGCCAGCAACGAAAGCAAUGAUGUCGUCCACUACUUUGGCGACCACCGUGAGGAACGCUGUGACGAGUACACGGCGAGCUGUGUUUAAUGUAACCGAUCCAAGGUCAUCCAUAGCAUGGAGUUCUACGACUCUUUCUUCUCUUUCUUCCCUGCCAACGAGCGGCGCGGCCGCCGCCAAUAUCAGUGUUCUCCAUGUUCUAAACGAAAUUCAAUUUAAAUGGAAUUCUUUGGUAGCCAGUUUGGCUAGAUUUUUGCAACUAGAACAAGUUUACUGAAUAAAAUAUUGCGCAUUAUUACUACCAUGCCAACCCUGCAUUUCUUUUGCAUCGCGUGGUGCCAAGUUUUACAAUAUUAAAAUAUAUCUA